ACCUCCAUAUGCUUAAAGGCCAGAGUCAAGUUUCGCGUGGUCAAAUUCGGUCGUUAUGCAAUAGUAUAAUGCCAUAUGUCACCUUACGCUGAACGUUCGCUUUGAAAGUAAAAGAAAAAAAAAAACUCCUCGUAGAGAGAGCUUGGGUCGCCUGUGCUCACGAGAGCGCUCACGAGUAAACACUGGAGUUAAUAAAUCUCUUGUUUUCAAAUAAUUGCGUGACAGCGGGGUAUCGAAGUUCUAAUUACUGUGUUGCGUAGCAACAGCGUCUGGGUCAGCUGGAGGCCGCAGACGAAAAGAAACAAAACCACAAAAUGGUGGAAAAGGCAAGCAUUUUGUCCUGGAGAGGAUCCGAUCAAUAUUAUAACCCUUACAUUGGCCGAGGAGAAGUGCUAUUUACAGGUCCUGAUGGUAUCAGGGAUCACCAAGCUUCAGUUCUUGAUCCUAAUACUUAUGUUGGAAUUGGAACCAUGUCCCCAGAGGGGACCAGUGAUCUAAACUAUCUAUGGAGACCAUCAAGGGGCUGUCCGCAUCCACUACCCAAGUCAGCAAAGGUUGGAGAGGUGGGGUGGGGUUUGCAGUUUUACACAGAUCAUUCGCAAUUGAGAAGUAGACACCAAAUCAAGCGUGGUGAAUUUAGACAAGCUACAGAGGACAGACAUACUCAUCUUUAUCAAAAUCCUUGGUAUGCAGGUCCAAAUGAUGAACAAACGGACGACUCUGCUAAAGAUGAUCAGAUUCAGCUGUGCAGUCGGAGUGAAAGGCAUAUGACACCUCCUGGCAGAUCCAGUGCACGUCCUUUCAGGUCCCGUACACCCACCCCUCAAAGAACCCCUCACUAUGAUGCCCCUAGACAAACAACACCUAGACCUCGUUCUGCAAUCCCUGGAAGCAAACCUCGGUCUGGUACUCAGUCCAGCUCUACGUCUCUGCAGAGUCAGCAUGCAGAUCAUGACAUCUGAAAACAAGAUGAAGAAAAAGAAGAAAAAUUGUCAAGGAACAUGCACACAAGACAACAGUAAUUUACCAGCAACAGCAUGACAAAUCUUCAGGGCUUCGAUUCCUCUUUUCUGCAAUAUUUGACAGUCCCUGUACAGUUUGCUCAAUACACAUGAAGGUUAAAGAAAAUACAAGUGCACAAUCUCAAAAUGAACUUUUGGAAAUAUUUAAAAGGAUAUUUGAUGUUUUUCUGCUAAUGCACAACACAAAACAAAAAACCAUAUUAAAAAAAUACAUGAGUUAUUUUGCAUUGAAAUGAAUAAAUAGUAAUAUAAAAUGGCUGAAAAAAUGUUGUUCAUAUUUUCUUCCCUUUGCAACCCACCUCAAAUUAUAUUUUCAGCUCAUGGUCCAUGUCAAUUUUGGCUUUCAUGGAUUUACUACAUGAAGCCUGUUUCUUUCAAGCAUGUUUAACAUCUUUGCUUUGAUGAAUGGAUAGCGCUUAAAACAUUUCACCCUUUUUUCAAAUUUGCCAUGACUAUUAAUUUACUUCUACAUCAACUUCAAGUUGAUGACUAGCUAAGUUAAUCUGUCCACAGACGCUCUAUUUUGAGUUGGCCAAGAUCACAAGCAUUAGUAUUAACCACAGGGGAUUUAAAAAGGGGUGGCCAAAAUAGAGGUUUAAUUUUUUUGUGCCCGCUUCACAGCUGCUCUUGCACUCUGCACUCAAAGAAAAAUAACUCGUAGCAAAACAAUAAACAUCUCUGGACAGACUAAACAAAGUCUUUUAAUGGUGUAAUGUCCUAGUGUCCCAUCCAGGGAGAGUAUUAGUAAUAUUCCUUGUUGCUUCAUGUCACAGAAUUUGGUGUUAAGUGAGCAUUUGACUUCUCAAAUACAUGGAGCUAGCAAGGAAAAAGCAUUUAAUCUUUCUAGUAGUUGAUAAUGAGAUUAUGAGCUUGAGACCUCUAGGAGGUGAUAGCUGAUGACACUGAGGGCAAGAAUCGAGUACUCACACUGGAACGGGAAGCACAAAAAACAACCUUCAGAAAAUUUCAAUUUAAGGGUGGCUCUUUCCUGAUUUUGAAACAAUAAAAAGACAACCAUGAAACAGACGUCCUAUUGAAUUGAAUUUUAUUCUUACUCUUUCACCUGCAUCUUUUAGUGACUGCAUGUUUACAAGUGACCAUGGAAUAAUGUUGCUUUAUGUGUAGCUUUAUAUACAAUGAAAAUUAAGACAAACACCAGGUGCCAGCUGCUUAAAAUAACCAGUAGACUGCAGAAGGAAUUAAUUGUGUCUUGUGCAAGUGUAACUGUCGUCACUCAAAAGAACAUGGAACCACACAGAUUUGAGAUGACAAAAAUGUAAUACAUUCAACAAUUGGUAGACCAAUAACAAAGUGGAAUAAAUUAUUAUGUGAAAUUUCUGUAGCCAAAACUUUGGAUUGCAUGCAGAAGCAGCUGAAUUUAGACGAGAUAUGAACUAAAAACCCAAAA